UCGACAUGUUCGGCGUCUCGUUCCGGGACCCGUCCCUGCUCCUUGCCAUCACCAUCAUUGGAGUCACAGCGGUCCUGUUGGCCCUGAGGAACAUGAACUCACGGAGAAGACAUACCACCUUACAGGACUCUGAAACCAAGUACCUGCUGCCCUUGAUUGAGAAAGAGCAAAUCACCCACAACACCCGGAGGUUCCGUUUUGGACUGCCCUCACCAGACCAUGUCUUGGGGCUUCCUGUAGGUAACUAUGUCCAUCUCUUGGCCAAAAUUGACGGUGUUCUGGUGGUCAGGGCUUACACACCGGUGUCCAGUGAUGAUGACCGAGGCUUUGUGGACUUGAUUAUAAAGAUCUACUUCAAAAAUGUGCACCCCAAUUAUCCAGAAGGGGGGAAGAUGACUCAGUACUUGGAGAAUAUGAAAAUUGGGGACACCAUCCUUUUUCGAGGGCCAACCGGUCGCCUGUUCUAUCAUGAACCAGGGAACUUUUCAAUCAAGGCAUACAAAACAAGUGAGCCUGAAAAGAAGCUGGUCAGUCACCUGGGAAUGAUCGCUGGGGGCACAGGGAUUACGCCCAUGCUGCAGCUCAUUCGCCACAUUACCAAGAACCCCAGCGACAGGACCAGGAUGUCCCUCAUCUUUGCCAACCAGACAGAGGAGGAUAUCUUGGUGAGAGAGGAGCUUGAAGAAGUUGCCAGAACUCAUCCAGAGCAGUUCGACCUAUGGUACACCCUGGACAGGCCUCCUGUUGGCUGGAAAUACAGCUCAGGCUACAUCACCGCCAACAUGAUGAAGGAGCACCUCCCUCCUCCUGGGCAGUCCACGCUCAUCCUGGUGUGUGGCCCACUGCCCCUGAUCCAGACAACUGCUCACCCUAACCUGGAGAAACUGGGUUAUACCAAGGAUAUGAUUUUCACUUACUGA